GCCGGGGCCCGCAGCUGCCGGUGCCGGCGGGGGCGGUGCGGGGCCCCUCCUGCCCGGGCUGCUGGGAGUUGUGGUUCGGCGGCGGCGGAGCGCGGAGCGCGGAGCGGAACCGGGGGGCCCCGCACGGCCCCGCACCGGCGGCGGCUGCAGAGCCUCCCUCCUGCCCUACCUCUCAAGAUGAGGAUGCUCUGGUUACCUCACUGCUGACCCCCACCGCUGGCACCCCCUGGGCAGCCAGCAGCUCCCUGGCGCGCCGGGGGAGGACCGCAGCUCCGCUUCCCCAUGGCAGCCCCUUCUCCCCAGGCCCUGGCCCAGCUGCACGCCGUGGGUGCCCCCGAGGAGGAGGAGGAGGAGGAGCAGCAGGAGGACUGAGCGCCCCGCGCCCGCCGCCCCCUCGCACCACCAUGUCUCCCGAGUGGCUGCCGGGCUGGAGCUGCUCCCUGGACGGCCUGCGGGACUUGGUCGCCGCCUCCAUCCAAUCCUUCCGGGACUGCGACGCCGGCGCCCUGGCCGCCGGCGCCUGCCUGCUGCUCCUCUUCGUCUGGUACUGCUACCAUGUGGGGCGGGAGCAGCCCCGCGCCUACCCCACCGUCAACGCCCUGAUGCAGGGCGCCGAGGCCGACGGCGUCCAGAACGGCUUCGCCUACUGCCAGUCGCCCGAGUGCCUGCGCUGCGCCCACCACGACGGCCUCAACCAGAAGCUCUACCACAACCUGCAGGAGUACGCCAAGCGCUACUCCUGGUCGGGCAUGGGCAGGAUCCACAAAGGCAUCCGCGAGCAGGGCCGCUACCUCAGCAGCCGGCCCUCCAUCCAGAAGCCCGAGGUCUUCUUCCUGCCGGACUUGCCCACCGCCCCUUACUUCUCCCGGGACGCUCAAAAGCACGACGUGGAGUUGCUGGAGCGCAACUUCCAGACCAUCCUCUGCGAGUUCGAGAGCCUCUACAAAGCUUUCUCAAACUGCAGCCUCCCGCAAGGAUGGAAAGUGAACAGCACGCCCAGCGGGGAGUGGUUCACCUUCUACCUGGUGAACCAGGGCACCUGCGUGCCCAGGAACUGCAGGAGAUGCCCACGGACGUACCGCUUGCUCGGCAGCCUCCGCACCUGCAUUGGCAACAACGUCUUUGGCAACGCCUGCAUCUCGGUGCUCAGCCCGGGCACCGUCAUCGCCGAGCACUACGGACCCACCAACAUCCGCAUCCGCUGCCACCUCGGUCUGAAGACACCCAGCAACUGCGAGCUGGUGGUGGGGGGUGAGCCUCAGUGCUGGGCUGAAGGCCGCUGCCUGCUCUUUGAUGACUCCUUCCUGCACACGGCCUUUCACGAAGGUCCCCCGGAGGAAGGGCCCCGCGUGGUCUUCAUGGUGGACCUGUGGCACCCCAACGUGGCCGCCGCCGAGCGCCAAGCCCUCGACUUCAUCUUCGCCCCGGGACGAUGACGGCGCCGCCGGUGUCGCGGGUUUGAGGGCAGCCAGGGAGCGGCCGUGCCAGCGGCCGUGCCGGCGGCAGUGCCAGCCGGGCUCCCGCGGCUCCUUGCGCCGGCUGCCUGCCGCGCUGGAAGCAUCGCAGCCUCAGGCUGCUCCCUCCUGGGGGCUCUUGUAAAUGGAAACCGCGCCGCGGAAUCAACGCCCAUCUGCCUCCUUCCCUCCCUCCCUCCCUCCCUACCUCCCUCCCAUCCUCGGCUCCGGGGGGUUCCGUUCCACCACGCCAGCGCCUCGCCUCCCCGCCCCGGUUAGCUGCAGCGCCGCGCCCCUGCCCUCCUCUCAUCUUGCUACUGUGGUUUGUUGCGGUGUUCGGAAGCAGAGGAACGGAGCCGAGGGGCCCUCGUUCGGCUGUCAUCGUCUGGGAGCUCCC